UUGUGUUAGGGAGAAAAUUGCCAGUCAGACUAUCACCAUUGCCUUGUACAGCUGAGCGUUUUUUUAAUCGGGAUAUAAUACAUGAAAAGACCUUUAUGUGCUAAUUUGGACAUACUGAGCCAGACCUACGAGGUUCAAAGCUACGAGGGGAGUAUGCCUUGUCAGUUCCACUUUUGAAUAACAGCUGAAACUCAUUUUCCUGCCUCCUUCACAGACACCUGGUUAUAAUGACCCUGCAGAUUGGGAUCCUGUGUGUGGCUCUGUUGGGCCUGAGCGCAGCGCUGAUCUGUCCCGAUGGUGGCAUGUGUGAGGAGAAAAACACCUGCUGCAAGAACCCUGCUGGAGGAUAUGGAUGCUGCCCCCUACCAAAGGCUGAGUGCUGUUCAGACCACCUCCACUGCUGCUACGAGGGGACAGUGUGCGAUCUGGUCCACUCCAAAUGCAUAAACAAGACAGUUUCACUGCCCUGGGUGAGGAGACUCCCCACCCAACAGUUUGCGAUGAUCCCUCAGUUCAAGGAGGGAGUAAAGGCAGUCAUUUGUCCGGAUCAGGAGUCGGAGUGUCCGGACGACACCACCUGCUGCCAGCUUCCUGACGGCUCCUGGGGCUGCUGUCCACUGGCCAAGGCGGUGUGCUGUGAGGAUAAGCGCCACUGCUGCCCUGCAGGAACAAAAUGUGACCUUACUCACUCCAAGUGUGUGUCUGCCACUAAAGAAGCCUUUCCCAUGCUGGAGAAGCUGCCUGCCCGAAGGAGGGAGAAUAAGCCAGCUGCUCGUGUUGCAUCACUGACCUGCCCAGAUGGAAAGAGCACUUGUCCAGAUGAUACCACAUGUUGCCUGCUAACCAGUGGAGACUACGGCUGCUGUCCCUACGCAGAGGCCGUGUGCUGCACCGACCACCUCCACUGUUGCCCCAGCAACACAACAUGUGACCUUGAGCAUGAGAUGUGCAGACCUGCCUCUGGUGAGGCACCGGUCCCACUCUCCAGGAAGAUCCCUGCUCUCCCCAAUGAUGUUGACUGUCCAGACAAGGUUUCAACGUGUCCUGAUGAGACCACGUGCUGCCAGAUGGCCAAUGGCACCUAUGGCUGCUGUCCUAUGCCCAAUGCGGUGUGUUGUUCAGAUCAUAUCCACUGCUGUCCUGCAGACACCAAGUGUGACCUGGUCCACAGCACCUGUGUGGCAGCGCAGGGAGAGACCACCAUGGCCAUCAAGAUCCCUGCUGCUGUGACACCAAUACAGAAUACAGUUGGUGAUGUGCCCUGCAAUGACUCUGUAGCCUGCGCUGAGGGCAGCACCUGCUGUAAAACGUUACAGGGAGAAUGGGCCUGUUGCCCCCUCGCCAAGGCAGUGUGCUGUGAGGACCACCUCCACUGCUGUCCCCAUGGUACCAUUUGUAAUCUGGCAGCCUCCACAUGUGAUGAUCCCUCAGGCAACGCUGUGAUGCCCUUGCUUGGCAAAGUGCCCACUUUCAGCCUGCUGACCGAUAACUCCAAGUGUGACAGAUCUACAUCGUGCCCAGGAAAAGCCACCUGCUGCAAGACCCCCACUGGUGACUGGGCCUGCUGUCCUCUGCCCCAGGCUGUUUGCUGUAACGAUCAUAUCCACUGCUGCCCACAUGACACAGUAUGUAACCUAGAGGCCGGGGUCUGCGAGGACCCCUCAGGCUCCAGGCCGUCCCUGCCCUGGUUGGAGAAGGUGUCUGCUCUGACCACAGGAGAGCAGAGUGAGAAAUGCGACAGGCAAACCAUGUGCCCGGGUGGCACCACCUGCUGCAAGCAGGGCUCUGGGCAGUGGGCGUGCUGCCCCCUACCUCAAGCUGUGUGCUGUAAUGACCAUGAGCACUGCUGCCCCAAAGGCUACAAGUGCAACGUGGUCCAGCAGACUUGUGACAAGCCUGGUGACCUCAGCCUCCCCUGGGUCCGGAAGAUCCCAGCCCUACAGAGUGAGCCCGCCCAGACUGUUGCCAGUGCACCUCGGCCAGCCAAGAACAUGUGUGACGCCCACACCGGCUGCCCCAAAGACACCACCUGCUGCUUCAUGAACAAAGCCCACAAGUGGGGGUGCUGCCCUCUGCCGAAGGCCGUGUGUUGUGCUGAGGGAGACCACUGCUGCCCCAGCGGCUACACUUGUGACACCCACAGAUCUUCCUGUUCGAAGGGCCCCCAUGUCAUCCCCUGGUACACCAAACAGAGCGCCCUGGCCCUGCCUGGCACCGUGGCAGACGUCAAAUGUGACAACAAGAGCAGCUGUGCCUCUGGGACGACCUGCUGUAAGCUGCCAACAGGAGAGUGGGGCUGCUGCCCUCUGGUCAAGGCGGUAUGCUGUGAGGACCAUGAGCACUGCUGCCCUCAGGGCUACACAUGCAACAUGCAGACAGGAACCUGUGAAAAAAAGGCCCUGGAUCUGCUGCUCCGCACCGUCCCUUUGAGCCAAGUGGUAGAAUCUAAACGGAGACACAACGAGGAAGAGGACGUACCAUGUGAUAGCACAGGGAAGUUUCGCUGCGCCAGGCAAGACACGUGCUGCAAGACCUCAGCCACAGAGUGGGCAUGCUGCCCCUCACCCAAGGCUGUAUGCUGUGCUGAUUCCAAACACUGCUGUCCUAUGGGAUACUCAUGUGACCUGGCGGCCGGAGGUUGUACCCAGCGAACCCAGCCAAUCUGGGACACUUCCUUCUGGGACAGAAAGAGAGACUUUGUCCCCUUUGGACUUUAAUGAUGACAAGAUGCACUGAUCUUCUCCAACUCUCCAGCCACUAAACACCUCUGCAGCAGUUUUUGUUUAUGGACAAGGGACAAAAAACAUUUUUCAUUUCUCUUUCACACUCCCUGUUUGUUUUGCCUUUCACGGGAAGUGUGAAGACCAUAAUAUUUACCAGGUUUUUGCACUCUUGAGAAUUUUUUUUGGUGACAGUUGUGAAGAAGACUUGGGCUUGGUGCAAAACAUGGAAAGCAUACUGUGCACACUAUAUUCGUGUCAUUUGAUUAAUCUGACAGUCAAUCAUUCUUUAAAAAUUAUCUUGCAAUUUGAACAAAAUGUUAUUCUUGCAAGGGAAAAAGGAGUGUGCAGGAUUCUUGUCGUGUUUUGCACCAGCCAGAGAAUAUAUCAUCACCCCAGCUUCAUCUGCUACAUGUUGAUGACAAUAUCAUAACCGUGAGAAAUAUAGUAAGAAGUCUCAUUAUAUCGCAACCUCAUAUACAUAAAGGCUCCACCACACUGUUUUUUUAAGGUGUCUCUAAAUUGGAAACAUGAUUUUAAUAUGGAGCUGCCUGUUUCUUCUCAAAAGUUAGUUUGCUCCAUUGCCUCCCAGUAACUGCCAGCUUCAUUCUCUACCAAAUGAGAAAAUGAAUGUACUUGUCGCCUUAUUCCAGGCAAAAUUUGCUAAGAUCACUGCAGAAUAUUUGGGAGGAGAUGUUUCUGAACAUAAUCGCUAACUCCAAACUUCCCUUCUUUACUUUGCCUCCCAUAAGGAAGCAAGAUGUCCUCGUUGAUUGCUUCAUGAACACAAGUUGCUGGUUGUCACUGUUCUGGUCUCAUUGUGAGUGUUGUCAGUCUGUGGGCAAAUGUUUAGUUAGAAUGGUAGCUGUGAUUUUAGGUCGACUCUUAUUUAAUUUUUUUUUUGUCUUAAUUUUUGCUGUGUUUGAAUUUAUGUCGAGGAUUUCUGUGUCAGGCACAGAAAUCAGUGUGAAGUGGAUAAAGUUGUCUCAGUUUUUCCUACAACUUGAGAUCAGUGAAGACACAUUUCAGGUAAAACAGGGACAAAGAAACAAAUCCGUUAUUUUUAUCAUUUGUUAAUUCGUUUCCUAUGCAAGUUGUAAGAAAUUUACACGUACAGUUCACAUUUCUAGUUUUAUUGCUAUAGACAUUAUAUGGCUAUGGCAAUAAAUAGCAUAAAUAAUGGCAAAUGAAAAAUGACUGAGCAUAAAAAAAGAGCUUGUGCCUUUUCAGAUUUCACCUCAGGCUGUGUUGGCUGGUCAGUAUGACUUCCCUACAUACACCGUGUGGAGAAAAUAUACUACUCAAUCAGAGGUUUAUGGGAAAAUCAAGGGCAAAUGUUCUGUUACCUUUUAUAUUUGACAGCUCAACCUGAAUUUGUUAACAUUGAGUCUCCCAGAAAAAAAGCUGGAAACAAAAGUUUGUCUUUAUGUCAUUAAGGAAAAAAUUGUGUACAUGCCCCAUUUGCAGUGAAUGGAAAUCAGGCUACAUGGGCAUUGAGACAGUGGCUGUGUAUGUAAGGCCAUUUGGGAAAUCGAAAUUCAACUAUGUGCAGAUUCAAAACACCAAAAACACUUUAUUGGGAUUGGAUCUGUCUUUAAAUAAAUUAAGUUUCCGGACAUUUUAUCAUCAUCCACAUCCACAUUAUGUUGAUGAUAUUCAUUCAUUCCAGCUAAAAUGAGUCAGUAUGAUUUGCUUUUUUGAUUUGUAUUUGUUUCUACUUUCAGAUAAAUCUUGUCUCAUGAAGAAAUGUUCUGCAAGAAUUGGAAGUUGAUUUUAGCAGUCUUUGAAAGAUUUUACACCGUUGAAGAGGGGAGUGAUGAGUGAAAUAAAGUUGUAUAAAAUA